AUGGAGGGCAGUUCUAUACUCCAUGCUUUCACUAACAUUUAUUUUGCCAUUUUUGCUUUGUUUUGCUUCAAGCUUUUAAUUAAGAUUUCCUUGGCUUUGCUGACCCAUUUCUAUAUUGUUAAAGGCAACAGAAAAGAGGCUGCCAGGAUAGCAGAAGAGAUCUAUGGAAUAGUCCCAGGCAGCUGGGCAGACCGAUCCCCUCUUCAUGACGCUGCCUUCCAGGGACGCCUCCUCUCUUUGAAAACCUUGAUUGCACAGGGUUUCAACGUGAACCUGGUGACGACGGACCGUGUGUCAGCUCUGCACGAGGCUUGCCUGGGCGGCCACGUCGCCUGCGCAAAGGUGCUGCUGGAGAACGGGGCCCAGGUCAAUGCAGUCACCAUUGAUGGGAUCACCCCACUGUUCAACGCCUGCUGCAGUGGCAGUGCAGCGUGUGUCAACAUGCUGCUUGAAUUUGGAGCCAAGCCACAGCUGGGAAACCACCUUGCUUCGCCCAUUCACGAAGCAGUCAAGAGAGGUCACAGGGAGUGCAUGGAGAUCCUUCUGGCUCAUGAGGUUGACAUUGACCAAGAAGACUUGCAGCAUGGGACCCCUCUCUACGUGGCUUGCACAUACCAGAGGACAGACUGUGUCAAGAAGCUUUUGCAGCUAGGAGCCAACGUUAACAUGGGGAAGCGAUUAGACACCCCCCUCCACGCAGCAGCAAGGAAAUCCAGUGUGGAGAUAGUUGUCUUGCUGACAGACUAUGGCGCUAACCCAAAGUGCAGAAAUGCUGAACUCAAAUGUGCCCUGGACCUUGCCACACCCAACAGCAAAGUGGAGCAGGCACUUCUGCUUAGGGAAGGUCCCGCCAGUCUUGCCCAGCUGUGCCGGUUGUGUAUCAGAAAGCAUCUAGGUCGGUCGUGCCUAUAUACAGUCCACAAACUGCGCCUGCCUGAGCCGCUUGAGAACUUUCUCCUUUAUCGAUAAGUCUGUGACUGUCUUUAUACUGGAAAAGAAAGAGGAACAAAUGGUUGUUUACUGUAAAAUUAUUAUAACAAAGGAAAAAAAUCAAAGGCAUCAUGUACUGUCUACUGCGGAUACCAAACAUGAGCUGCUGCGUGAAAGUGCAAAUUGAAAACACCUUUUCACAGGCAGUGAAUGAUAUCGUGGAUACAGUUCCCUCACGGUCUGUUGCCACAUCCACUUACACCAGCCUGAGAGUUGUAAAACAUGAACAGCUCUUGACAUGUGUUUGACAUCUUUGUAGAUGCACAUGCACACCUUCAUCUACUACCUUGCCCUGCCCCCUCUUCCCCUCCUCCCCCCCCCAAUUUUCUCUGCAUUUAGGGCUAUAUUUAUUUGUGGAGUAUCUGUGCAGUUUCUUUCCCUUGUCUAUCCAAUCUCAAUGUCAAAAUCAAGGUAAUGGCUGUUAUUCUUCCACCAGUGUGAGAAUGAAAGCUUUCAGUGCUGAACUUCAGCUGUACAUAACAUAUUGCACAUCUUUUGUCAGAUUUGACUUCACAUCCUUUCAUCUCUUUCCUAUAGUCUAGUGGAGUCCUAGCAACUACCGGCAGGCUCUGGCUGUCCAGACACUGUACAUCCCUGAGCCCAGCUGCCCCCAGCACUAACACAUCUUGUCCAUGGAAGUGCAAGUGAUGUUACCAAAGCAAGAGCACAGGUUUGGAGUAAACCCACAAAAAUGUGUGAAAGUCUUAAAAAACCCCACCCUUCAUCUCUUCUGAAAAAAAAUCCCUCCAAAGCUCCUAUCACCUCAGAUCUGGCUGUGUUCAUUUCAUGAACAAUUUUUCUUAGCUUAAUUCCAGGACAGAACAGUAAAUGUUUUCACAGGCAUAGUAGGUGAGAUUUCAAUGUCUGUCAUUUGCAAGGUUUAAAGAAAAGCAAAGGAAGAAGUGUUGCAUUUUUGGGCUUUGCAUGCUCUGACAUUCCUCAAGAUAAAUCCUUGGACUGUAGAGCAGGAGUGAAGCAGGACCACUAAAGAUGGCAUCACCCAAAUAUUCUCUUUGUUGUAUUUUCUUCACCAGGACAGGUUUGCAGGCUUGUCAGCUCCCUCCCUGUUCUAGAGGCUUUCGUUACUUUUCUGGGAGAAAGGAUUUUUAGAGUGUUGUAACUUUGUCCGUUGUGGUAUUAAUUUAAAUAAAUAACAUCAGGGUUAGUAGUUUGGACACAGCAAAGCUGAAAACAUGAACCUCUUUGAGCUGAGAAAUGUGUGAUCUAGUAACUGAUGCAGUGCCGGUAUUACUCUGUAAAGGUUUGUUUAUUUUUCCUGUGGAGGUUGUUCUGAGGGGAGAAAUGUUUUUUCAGAGCUAGGUUUUGGUAAACUUCUGCCAUGAGACAGGCAAUGAUGUUUCAGUAGUUGUAGUAAAAUGGGAAGCUGAGUUAAAAGAAGGGUCUUUCUCCACUUUGCUCAACUUCACAGGUCCAACAGGCUGCUGACAAGUUUUCAGGCUGUGAGAUGCAGAGGUUUCAUUAUGAGUUCGGCACGCUGGUACUAAGUUUCACCGCCCAUACAAUCUUAAGUCAGGGGGCACUGACCUGCUGGACCCUGAAUACAAGAUUGGCUUCCAAUCUUUGAACCUUUGAGCUCCUGUCCCUCCUCCAGCAGCAGCAGUCUCUCUGGUUUGAUGCUCAUCCCUUAAUGUUACCAUGACAGUUUCUCUGAGACAAAGGUCGAACAUUUCCUGUACUUCCUUAUGAUUAAUUCAGCACAAGUAAGAUAAAUUGAGCUCUCAGCAGUUCAUGAGACUGGACCUUCAAUGUUACAGUCCAAAUGAAUGCAGUUUUCAGCCUAUGUUUGCACAUAUUGAAUGCUAUCUGAUGGCAAGAGCUAUUGCCCAUAAAGUUGUCGGUGACAUCAAUGACCUUGUAUAGUACAGUACAUCAUGAAUCUCAGAGAUUUGAACACUAAAUUCUCCAGAGCCUUUGAAAAUCAAAUACUAUCAAGAAAGAAAUGUCUAUAUUAAUUUGAUGUCAGCAGACCUCUCACAGUUCUAUCUUUACUGCCAACUCACCUGCUCUAUUUAUAAGGUGGCAGUCAGAAUACCAUCUGCUAUCUAAAUAGAGAGACAGAGCCUCAGCUCUGUAGAUUGUCAGACUUGCACUGCAAUCAAGGAACUAAGGCAAUUUCUGGGAUCUAUUUCAGCCUGUGUAAUGCUGAAUUGAUUUCCUGCUGCAAUCAUCAGUGAAAGCAGUAUUUCACUUGCAUAGGAUUUUAAAUUGAAAAAUGUGUCUCCAUUAAGGAAAUGCAAAGUCUGUUGAGCCUCUCAGGAAAGUUUAUGUUAAGAAGCAGCGCAAACUGCCCUAUAUUUAUUCCUGAUAUUAGCUUCCUAUCAAAAGAUCACCUCACCUUUUCUUCCUCCUGGUGACAUAAUUCUUCCUGAAAUUCUGUAUGUCAGAGAGUCUGUAAGGAACAGAGCCUCAAUAAAUCAGAAGAGAAGCUCAGAAGUCCUGAUGUUAAGUAAUUUCCUUAGAAAGUUUACCUAGACUUUCUUGCUCUUAUCUCAAAAGAUUAAGUUACCAAUUUAAUUCUCAUUGACUAUGCUUUGUGUUGUAGCAAUGCAUGGAAAUAGCUGGAGGAAGUAUUUAAUUUUUUUGUGAACAUGCUAUAUUAUGUGAGGAUAAGGAAAGACUGUGACAAUUUUCUGUGAGACUACUGAAUCUUGCUGGUGAUUUUUCAGAAAGGGUUUGGAAAACGUCUGUCAUGCGUGGAUACAGCUGCUUUUCCCUGGGCAGGAGGAGGGCUAACUAAUCUCACAGGGUCUCUUUCCUUCAAAACUGGUGGUGUCUUCUCUGUCCUUCCAUGAUUUGUGACUGAAACCAGUUAUUUGGGUAAAAUAUGGUUUUCAUGAGAAGAUAGACAUUUUUAUGUGCUGCUAUGUCCACUGCUAUACAGCAUCCCUAUGACUUUACCCCAAACAACUGCCAGUACUGUCUGCUGCAGUGGAAAGUGCUGCAUAUUUCAACAGGAAUGACUGCAAAAUAUCCUGGCUACUGGGAAAGUUUUUCCACUCAACAGCUGGGAUAGUUUUUCCACACAAACUCCCACUGAUUCUGAGUACAGACACUGACUUGCAGUGUAAAGCACAAGCUUGGGCUAUGGAUACUCCCUACCUGUAAAGUCCUUGCUCCUGAGUGUGUUUUGCAGGAGUGGCUUAAAUAGGUUACUGAUGUGCAAUAGAAACCCAAAAGACUUCCUUUAUCAUUCUCAAUCUGUUGGCACACUUUUCAGUUUUGUUAAUCAUCUCUUAUGAGAGAUCUAGUGCAGCCUCAGAAAGGCCAGUGAUGAGGACCUCACAGAUCUCAACCUAAUCAGAUUUUGACUUCAAGCCAUCAUUCAUUACUCAGUGUAUGUCUAUGAUUGCUCAAGAUCCAAAGCAAACCAAAAUUAAAUGGAUCUUUUAUCAGCCCUGUCUUUAAAAUAAGCAAGCUUCUUGUCAGCAUUCUUCCUACCACUAGAUGUGUUGUUCUGUCUCCAAAGUUCUUUGAAAUCCAUUUCUCUUAAUUGCUACUGUAUUUUUUCUCACACCACUGAGCCCUUGUUCAUAAGCAUGUCUCUCCUGAUCAACUUUCUCCUGAAUUCACAUAUUUCUUCUCUGCCACUAAGAAAAUGGUUUUUAGUUUCCUUAGACUGAGAAAUCAAAGUCUUCAACAGAGGCAUCUUAGUGAGGACCAGCCUUGUUGCAUGCAUUAUUUCCCUGGUUCACCAGGCUGCUGUGCUAGGGUUCUCCACCUCCAAACCUUGCUAUAGAGAAGGGUGUACUCCUGAGGCACGUGUAGUGCUCAGAGACUUCUCAGCUCGUGCAUCCUUGUGGGAGCAGGUCUGUACUUGUCACCAUGUUUGUGCAGUGCUGGAGCAAGUAAUUUUGCCAUACUUGGUGCUGUCUGGUCCAUCUUCAGGCACAGCACCUCCUCUUGCUGGCUGGCUGCACGUAACCAGUUUGCUCUUAUGUCUGAUCACAGCAAGAGAUGAGCUGCUGUUGUUCAUGGUUUGCAGUAAUUUGUAAAGAUAGUUGUGGCGAUGCUCCUCUCGCUCCCCCCCUUAUUGUUAUUUCAGCCUCUCGCCCAAAAUCUGACUCAACAGGUUUCCCUGUAGUUGAGAGCAAUUUUUCUCAAAGUCUUAUCUGUGAGCAUUCUGGCUAAUGGACCACCUCCUCAGGAACAUACAGCAGUGAAAAUAAAUAGACCAACAGAUUUUGGAAGUGUUUAAUGAACAAUUUUUUCUCAGGGUAGCUAGGAAAAGUUACAUUCUAAUUUGGCCUCUCAGUUCUCUGCUUUGAUCUCCUGACCAGUUUCUUGGAUUCAAGGUGACCUCUGUCUCCUACAGUGCAACUCUGCUAUUGGCAUUCAAUCUCUCCAGGAUUCAACUUUUCAUAAGAGAUGUGCCAGUCCCUGAAUUUCUGUCUGUCCAGCUGAACCUGCCACUCACAAAAUAAAAUUUAAAAGGUAUGGAAAUGCUAGACUGAUGAAGCUUGCUGUCAUACUAUAAGAGCCAAAAUUACCCACAUCUGCCUUGAGGUGCCAACAUCCCACCUUUCUAGGCAGAUGCAGACUCUGAGGGACACUACCUGUCCAUCCACCUGUGUGCUCUUUCUUCUUGUACUGGCACAUGCCUGUGCCACUACAGGCAAUGAGAUGGGAGGUUCAUCUUCUCCCAGCUGUCUUCCCCCAGGGAAUUUGAGUCUGGUCAACAUCCACUUCAUGGCAUUUAGAUUUCUUCUCACCACACAUGCUAGAAAGAAAUAUUGUGCUGCCCCCAUGCAAACCCUUGUGAAAGGGAUCAGUGUCCCCUCUGUGCCACUCUCUGCCCUCCACUUGCUGUCUACUGUGCAGGGCAGGAGGGACAGCAGCUGCCUGACACCUUUAUGUCCAAACCUGGCCAGUCUCCUGCAACACAACUCUGCUAUUGGCAUUUAACACCCCUCCAGUCCUACUGGAUUGAAAAUAUAGGUGGUAUGUCCCAGCACGGUGUUAGGGCAAGUCUGAUCAUAACAAAAACAAAACACAUUCACUGACUCUUAGUUGAAAAAUCUGGCCAACCUAUAUUCUGGAGUGACAGUUCAUUAUGCCUUUGUAUAUUUUUUUUUCAGAAAUUAACAUUUUCCACAUGACAAUUGCUCCUCACUGUGAUUUUUUUAACCUUCAGUAUGAGAUGUAUAAUAUAUUAUUGACAAAUACAGAUUAUUCCAUGCAAACCUUCUAUGUAAUUUCAUUUUUAUUUCUUGAAAAUUUCUUUAUCCUUAAAUUUUGCACCAUUUGUAGACACUCAGGAUGCACAUUGCAAGCAAAUGGAAAAUAUGUCAGGUUUGGAAUUAAAAGAUCUUCAAUAAAGUGUACCAGGAAUUGCAGAAGAAA